GGGCGGAGGCCCCCUCCGGGCGGCGCUGGGGCUGUAGCAGCAAGAGGCCCGGAGGGGAGGGGAGAGUGACCAUGAGUGAGUGACAGGCUACGAGGAGAGGAGCCAAUAUAUAUAAGGAAGGCUCCCGAGCGCGCAGGUUUCAGUAGCGGCGCUGAGCGCAAGCUGCGAACACAAGGCCAAGAGCCGCAGCUCAAGCCGCCUCAGUGCAGUGUACCCGGGCACUAGCCGGCUUGCAGCCCCAGGAUUAGCCCGAGGACACGUCCUCAGCGCGGCCGCCGCCCAGACGCCCUCACCUGGAUUACCUACCGCAGCAAUUUGAGCAGAGCUAGCGAGAAGGCGAGGCGGGAGGAAAGCCCCGAGCGGAGCCUGGUUUUUCAGAGACUCCUCCGGCGGGUGGACGCACGGGGAAGCAGCGUCCCGAACCGAGCCGGCUUCAGGUCGGACGGGUGGAAAGAGCGACGCCCCAGGGAAUGGCAGCCGCGUCCCGUAGCGCCUCUGGUUGGGCGCUACUGUUUCUGGUGGCACUUUGGCAGCAGCGCGCAGCCGGCUCCGGAGUCUUCCAGCUGCAGCUGCGGGAGUUUGCCAACGAGCGCGGCGUACUGGCCAGCGGGCGGCCGUGCGAACCCGGCUGCCGAACCUUCUUCCGCGUCUGCCUUAUGCACUUCCAGGCGGUCUUCUCGCCCGGUCCCUGCACCUUCGGCAGCGUCUCCACACCUGUGUUGGGCACCAACUCCUUCGCCGUCGGGGACGACAGUAGCGGCGGGGGACGCAACCCUCUCCAAUUGCCUUUCAAUUUUACCUGGCCGGGUACCUUCUCACUCAUCAUCGAAGCUUGGCACGCGCCGGGAGACGACCUGCGGCCAGAGGCCAUGCCACCGAAUGCCCUCAUCAGCAAGAUCACCAUUCAGGGCUCUCUAGCUGUGGGCCAGAACUGGUUACUGGAUGAGCAGACCGGCCCUCUCCCAACACGGCUGAGCUACUCUUACCGGGUCAUCUGCGGUGACAACUACUAUGGGGAUAGCUGCUCACGCCUGUGCAAGAAGCGCAAUGACCACUUCGGCCACUACGUGUGCCAGCCAAAUGGCAGCCUGUCUUGCCUGCCCGGCUGGACUGGGGAGUACUGCGACCAGCCUAUCUGUCUUUCUGGCUGUCAUGAACAGAAUGGCUACUGCAGCAAGCCAGCAGAGUGCAUCUGCCGCCCAGGCUGGCAGGGCCGCCUAUGCAAUGAAUGCAUCCCCCACAAUGGCUGUCGUCAUGGCACCUGCACCACUCCCUGGCAAUGUACCUGUGACGAGGGCUGGGGAGGCCUAUUCUGUGACCAAGAUCUCAACUAUUGCACCCACCACUCCCCAUGCAAGAAUGGGGCAACGUGCUCCAACAGUGGGCAGCGGAGCUAUACCUGCAUCUGUCGCCCAGGCUACACUGGCGUGGACUGUGAGCUGAAGCUCAGCAAGUGUGACAGCAACCCCUGUCGCAAUGGAGGCAGCUGUAAGGACCAAGAGGAUGGCUACCAUUGCCUCUGUCCUCCGGGUUACUAUGGCCUGCACUGCGAACACAGCACCUUGAGCUGUGCUGACUCCCCUUGCUUCAAUGGGGGCUCCUGCCGGGAGCGCAACCAGGGUGCCAGCUAUGCCUGCGAAUGUCCCCCAAGCUUCACUGGCUCCAACUGCGAGAAGAAAGUGGAUAGGUGUACCAGCAAUCCAUGUGCCAAUGGGGGCCAGUGCCUGAAUAGAGGCCCGAACCGCAUAUGCCGCUGCCGUCCUGGAUUCACAGGCACCCACUGUGAACUUCAUAUCAGCGACUGUGCCCGCAGCCCUUGUGCCCAUGGCGGCACCUGCCAUGACCUGGAGAAUGGGCUCGUGUGCACCUGCCCUGCUGGCUUCUCUGGCCGGCGCUGUGAAGUGCGGACACCUAGUGAUGCCUGUGCCUCGGGACCCUGCUACAAUGGGGCCACCUGCUACACUGGCCCCUCUCCGGACAACUUCGUCUGCAACUGCCCUUAUGGUUUUGUGGGCAGCCACUGCGAGUUCCCUGUGAGCAUGCCACCCAGCUUCCCCUGGGUGGCUGUCUCCCUGGGUGUGGGGCUGGUGGUGGUACUGGUGUUGCUGGGCAUGGUGGCAGUGGCUGUGCGGCAGCUGCGGCUUCGGCGGCCAGACGACGGCAGCAGGGAGGCCAUGAACAACUUGUCAGACUUCCAGAAGGACAACCUGAUCCCUGCUGCCCAGCUCAAGAACACAAACCAGAAGAAGGAGCUGGAAGUGGACUGUGGCCUGGACAAGUCCAACUGUGGCAAACAGCAGAACCACACAUUGGACUAUAAUCUGGCCCCAGGACCGCUGGGGCGGGGGACCAUGUCCGGGAAGUAUUCCCACAGUGACAAGAGCUUAGGGGAGAAGGCACCACUGCGGUUACACAGUGAAAAACCAGAGUGUCGGAUAUCAGCGAUAUGCUCCCCCAGGGACUCCAUGUACCAGUCCGUGUGUUUGAUAUCAGAGGAGAGGAAUGAAUGUGUCAUUGCCACAGAGGUGAGUAUUGGGCUCAUCUGCCCUUCCAGCAUGUGUCCUCCUGCCUUUUGAGGAUGGGAAAGUGGCCUGGUUACUCUUGACCCCAGGAGCCACUCUGGGGUGGGUCAGGACCCUUCCUUGGCAGGCCAGGUUCAUUGUCCCUUGGGUCCCUGCUGGCCUUGUUGCCACAGAGGGUGUGAAACAGGAACCGUGCUAGUGAGCCGGGCCUGGUCUCUUCCCACUGUGUUAGUGCUGGGCUGGGCAGCCGUGGCACCUGGCCAGCUUUCAGGCACUGCUUCCCAGCUGCUGGGGGGUGAGGGUGGUUGCCUUGUGCCCCUCCUGCCCCUUCUCCCUGGCUUCCUCUAUUGGCCCACCUUAUGCGCACAGGCUCCCAGGCAUGUGUGUGUGCUGGGGCAGAAAACCGGGUAGGGCUUCCCUACCUUCCCUUCACCUCACCUGCCCUGUUGGCUUCUCCAAGAGAGGCCUAGGGCAGCCAUGGAGGGUGGGCUCAUGCCAUAGGGUAACCCAUUCCCUCACUCUACAUGCUCUCCAGGUAUAAGGCAGGAGCCUCCCAGGACAUCCCAGCUUUGCCCAGCAGCUAGACCUUCCUUCUGCAUUGUUUACAUUGCAUCCUGGAUGGGACAUUUUUAAUAUGCAACGUGCUGCUCUCAGGAGGAAGAGGGAAUGGCAUGAACUGGACAGACUGUGAACUUGCCAAGAGAUGCAGUACCUUGCACACCUUCAGGUGUUUGUCUGGCAUCAGAUUGGCAGCCACACCGGCCAGGGGAACAGAGGAGAGGAAAGGUGCCACUUGGACCUGUCCCGCCAGCGGUGGCCUUCAAAGGGCUCCUUUUGGGCUCUGACCAAUUUUCCAGAGGGAGUGGCAGUGGCCCUGUGAGGCCUUGAGCUGCUGUGGCCUCUACUGGCAUCUGUGUUUCCAAAAGUGCCUUUGGCCUAGGCUCCAUGGUGACAGCUGGGUCCAAAUCAGAGAGGAGAGAGGAGGCCAGUAAGGGCAGGGCCAUCUGUGGGCCAGGAAACCAUCGGGUGCGGCUCUUGGCAGGAGUUGCCCUGCAGGUGAGGUGAGCGACCGAAGCGAAAGGAGCACUUUCUGCCCCAUGCCUCCAGCUACUGCAAUAUGGGCCUUGCUCAUAACAUCACCCAGCCUCUCCCUGGCCCAGGCCCUCUGGGUGAGGAUGUUAGUAAGCCUUACCUGGCUUCCACAGCCUCCAGCCUUGGGUGUCUCUGGGUUCUUGUGAGUAGACAGGUGGGGGGCCAGCCAGGCCUUGCUGGGGAGCUCAGAGCAGUGAUGCUGGAAAUUCUAGUGAGAGAGAAAUUGGGUGUCGUCAUCACCUAGGCCCAUUCCUGUGGCCUUGAGCUGGGGCUCUGCCCAUGCCCACUACUGCCCCCAGUUGAUCUUCAGAAAUCAAUAAUAUGAGUUUUUAUUUUGUUUGGGUUAUUUUUUUGUAGUUUAUUUUGGAGUCUAGUAUUUCGAUAAUUUAAGAAUCAGAAGCACUGACCUUUCUACAUUUUAUAACAUUAUUUUGUAUAUAAUGUGUAUUUAUAAUAUGGAACAGAUGUGUACAGGAGUUUAUUACUUCUUGGGUCCUGUCUUUGUGAUGGCUGAGUAGAUAUCCUCUCCCCCUCCU